GAAGCUGCUGCUCAGAAACUCAUGGACAAUUAUAGACUGGUCCUGGUGGACUCUGGGGUUGUGUUUAGUGAUGAGGAUAGUGUGGGUAGUGUGGAAACCAAAAGCAAAGCCUUAGAAUUGACAAAAGUUCAUCCCAUUUACAAGCACUUUUCUCCAGAAAUGCUGCUCCUGAAAUCCCCAGUCAAACCUUUAGGGUCUGACACCAAAGACUUUGAAAGAGGCCCCACAAAUGCAGAAAUCAACAAGUUCACUGGACAAGUCAAGAAAGCCUUUGCAGAAAGAGUUGCAGACCCACCUUACUCUUUACUGGAA